GUGGCCGGGCGGGAACAGCGGCGGAAGGAGCAGGUAGGGCCCCCGCCUCUUCCCGGGGAGUGGUGGCGGGAGGCAGCCAUCCCGCCCACCAGCUGGCGGCAGACUUAAAGUGGGCUGGAGCAGCCGGGAACACUGCGUGCUCCCGCCUGAUGCAGCCAUGUCCACACCGGCCAAGCGACACUGCCACAGCCCCACCGGCUCCCUCGACUCCAGCUUCCAGAAGCGCCUCAAGAAAAUUUCCGUCGAGGGGAACAUCGCUGCAGGGAAGUCAACGUUUGUCAGGCUACUAGAGAAACACAGUGAUGAGUGGGAGAUCAUCCCCGAACCCAUCGGCAAGUGGUGCAACAUCCAGACAGCUGAAGAGGAGCAUGAGGAACUUUCAACAUCUCAGAAGAGCGGAGGGAAUCUACUCAAAAUGCUGUACGACAAACCCACACGAUGGGCUUACACAUUCCAGACUUACGCCUGCCUGAGCAGAGUGAGAGCACAGUUAAAACCUGUCUCAGCCAAGCUUCGGGAAGCAGAACAUCCAGUGCAGUUCUUUGAGAGAUCUGUGUACAGCGACAGAUAUGUAUUUGCUUCUAACCUGUUUGAGUCAGGAAACAUGAAUGAAACAGAGUGGGCUAUUUAUCAGGACUGGCACACAUGGCUUUUGAAUCAGUUUGAAUCAGAUAUAGAACUGGAUGGCAUGAUCUACCUCAGAACCACACCUCAGAAAUGCAUGGAAAGGUUACAGUUGAGGGGAAGAGAGGAGGAGCAAGGAAUUGAGCUUGAGUAUUUGGAAAAUGUCCACUAUAAACAUGAAACUUGGCUUCACGAAAGGACUAUGAGAGUUGAUUUUGAGAACCUUAAGGAGAUUCCCAUUCUAGUUUUGGAUGUUAAUGAAGAUUUUAAGAAUGACAAGAUUAAACAAGAGUACCUGAUCGAUAAGGUCAAGUCUUUCCUGAUUUCUUAAGAUGAUGAAGAUUAAUUUGAAUGCCAAGUCCUUGAAGCUCAAGAGUUAAACUUAUCAAUGAGCAUGUUGGUUUUAAGUGAAUGCAUUGCCUGUAUAGCUUAUUUCAAGGCAAGACUGAAAUGCAAAGCAUGGCUUGGUUGGGAUUUUUGCUAUUCUAACCCGUGUGGGUUUUGACAAAAUUUUCUGUAUAGUUAAACAAACGUGGGGUGCUUUGAUAAUGUAUUUUAUAUCUAUUAUCUGCUGUUUAUAAUAAAGACUUUAAUACUGAC